AUGACAUCUCUGAAUAGAGCGGAGGACAAAAGUAGCGAUACAACAUUGGAUCAUUUUGUGGUCAUGAUUCUGCCAGGAAAUGGUUGUGAAGAUAUUUUGGAUUCGAAUUGGUAUAGUGAUUGCAAAGAUAAAAUUGAACAGCUGUUCGAGAAUGAUAUUUCUCGGAAAGUUACUGUGAUUUGUAAGGAUAUGCCUGAUCCCUAUGUGGCAAGAGAAUCUAUGUGGAUUCCAUUUGUGGAACAGCAAUUAAAGCCCUAUGAAGGUAAAGAACACUGCAAAUUGGUGUUGAUAGGACAUAGCUCGGGAGUGUCUGCUUGUGUCACAGACAUGGGAGAUGAAAAUGAAAGGAGGAGUGGCUAUUACAACAGAGAAUGGAAUUGGAAAUCAAUGAAAGAGAAUUGCCCAACCAUUAUCCAAUUUGGAUCUAAGGAUGAUCAUUUGGUGGACUUUGAAACCGAGCAAGUGGUAGUGAACCACAAUUUGAAACCCAUCACUUACUUUUAUGAGGACAAAAAUCAUUUCCUUAGUUACACAGUGGAUCCUGAGAUCAUCAAAAGCUUCAACAAUGACAUUAUUAAAAAGACGAACUAG